AUGUGCAAAGAGAUUUCAAGCAAUACUGCCUACGCUAUGGGCUUGAAGAAUGACGAAAAGAAACUCACGUAUAGCCUUAAGAAACUCAUAAAGCAAUAUUUCAAACAGCGUAAGUCGGAGAAAUUGCAACAUUUUGAAAAUGCUGGCGAAACGUUAGAGUCAUUAAACUCAAUUGAAUCAUUGGAGAAUAAUCAAAAUGCUGACAUCGAAUCUGAAAGUGAGAAUAUGGUAAACGAGUGCCGUUCUGAGAUUUUCUCCAUCCACCAUCUCGAAGAUUACGAAUUAAGUGAUGUUGUACCGAUACCUGUUCAUUUUAUGCGCACCGAUCAAGGUACAUUUUUCUGGACGGCUGCCACCGAUAUUGCUGCUGACAAUGACUUGGCUGAACCUUUAUAUUGUUGUACAACAAAUCAAGUAGCAGUCAAUCAAAUGCGAGAUCGUUGGGCUCAAGCGUAA